AUGCAAUCGAAAGUCAAAGGAAAGAACAUUGUUCCCUCGAGGUUGCUACUAGAACUACGAUACCUAGAUUGUUAUCACCGUCUAAAAUUGAAGCGCAAGCAGCGAAAUUGUUCACGAAAACGAUUUUUUUAUGUACAAAUUGAAAUGAACAAGACAGUAUGGUUAUGUGGGGUUGUCGACGUCGUAGAGGUCGGUGAUAAGAUGAUAUACAGUAUUACGCAUAAGAACAGGAAUUCUGAGGUUAAAGCUACGUACAAGGUGGUUCAUGAUAUAAGGGAAGAGUCUUUUGAUUGUAGUUGCAACCAUUUUGUUCGCAAUGGUAUAUUAUGUCGCCACGCGUUUAAGGUAAUGUUAAAUUCUGAUGUGCAAUCUAUUCCUGAGAAAUACAUUUUGCCGCGAUGGAGAGGAGAGUUAGUUCCCGUUGAGUUGUUGCCGGCUCGUGCUAGGUUUGGUGAAAUGGAUGUUGGAGAAGCAAGUUAUGAUCAACCACGUUGUAUUGAACAGAAGAGAAAUGAGAUUCAGAAGCUCUUGUGUGUUUCUGAACCUGAAUCAGUUGAUAUGUUACCGCCAACCGGGAUACGUAAUAGAGGUUGUGGGACCGGGAAGCGUCUUGUUGGUAUGUCAGAGAGGGCAUCCAUCAAUGCAAAGAAACCAAAAAGAUUGUGCAGAACUUGUGAGAAAAUGGGUUGGCAUGAUUCUCGCAAUUGUCCGUCUAACGGCGAUGGUACGAAAUAA